AUGCAGCCGCAGAGCUCCCUUUUCCGCGCGCGGGCCCAAGCGCAUGGCGAGGCCCGUCCAAAUGGUACUGGCGCACUGACUGAAAAUGCCGUGGCGGAGAAUGAUCAGAUUAUGUCCGCAUUGCUUAGUGACGUGAGGGCUGUAAAGAAAAACUUCACCUCCAUGGGCGUCGAGGUGCGGCGACAGAAUUCUUUUUUAGACUCACUUCAAGAUACAUUUGGACGUACGCGCGCGCGCUUAAACCGUACGAUGAGGUACUUGAACCUGCCGGAACUCACAAGUGCGAAACAUAUGUGGGUGCUUUUCGUGUUCGUGUUCGUCGUCCUUGUGCUGAUAUAUAUAAUGCUGAAGUCCCGGUGA